AUGCGAGGCAUGGUGGCAUUGCUUUUCUUCUUGGUCCCCUUCCUCAAUGAUCUUUGUUGCCGCAUUGAACCGAUGGGCAUGAUGCUCUUCGGUAGUUCUGGGCUGACUGUCACCGGCUUCCUGGUUUUUGCCGCGAUUAGCUCGGCCACGGAGAACUUGUUGCUGGUUUCGAUCUUGGUGCUCGGACUGGUGUACGGCAUCAUGGUCGGCUUAACUGGCUCACACAUGUACAUCUUCGUUGCGGACCUCUUCCCGACCUCGGUGCGGGCAUUAGGAUUUGGCGUCAGCUUCAACCUGGCCUUUGCCAUUUUAGGAGGCGCUCGCUCUGGCGAUCUUGCGGUUGGCAUGCAAGGACGAAGGAAGCAUAUUCUGCUCUACCAACUUUCUGCUACUUGCCACAACCUACAACAAAGUUGUUGCGGAAUGCCCACUCUGCUGUCCGACCAUCGAUCUGCUUUAACACGGGCCUCGCAAUUGUCGCCUCACAUGUCGUUGCAAGCUUUGCAGGAUUCUGGUCAUUCGGGUGUCAGGUGUCCAGCAAACAUUGUGCAGGAUGAGGGCCCUCACAUUCAUAAAGGAUGA